AUGACGUACAUACAAUCAGAGAGAGCCACAAGGAACCUAAGCAUGGAAAUUGGGGAUAAUACAGACAAGGCGCUGCUAGUUAUGGCAGGACGGGCCUCCACGCCGGGUACAUGGGCAAAUAAUACUGCAUUUUCAUCAUAUUGGUUCAGUAUUCCAUAUGCUUACGCUCAGUCAGGCUGGCUUUUGGGCACGUUAUUUUUGCUGAUUACGUUAGGAAGUUCCUGGAUCACCGGACUUAUCUAUGGGUCGAUAAUCAAUGAUCGCUACGAUAUCUUAUUAAGUAAGCGCAAUAAGGAACUAAACGCAAUAUAUACGCGAAAGAUCGAGGUGCCUCUUGGUAUGAGAGAGACACCAAUAAUGUGUCAUCGCAAAUCUAACAUGACUACUGGGCCGACGCGCGGAGCUAUCAUGAGAGAUGAGAAAGAAGUAGUCGUCAAGGAGACUAAGAGUGGAACCUUACCCAGUGCUACGCCGCUAGACGUGUUGACAACCGAAGUGUACGCUAAAGAUGUGACACUUGCUGAUCUUUACAGGGAUUUGAUGGGGCGUGCGGGGCCCGUGAUAGGUAACAAGGAGUUGACCUCCACUCGAUAG